ACUCUUUAGUUACUAGUCUUCCUUCUUCACUCAGCCCUAUAUAUACGCAACCCCACACAUAUUAUACGAUGCCUCUCUCUCUCUCUCUCUCUCUCUCUCUCUCUCUCUCUCUCUUUUAUUGAAGAUGCCGUGCGUCAAAGGUCUGGUUGAAUCAGGUUGUCUCACGUCCAUACCCUCGAAGUAUGUCUUCCCCAGGAAAUCUGGCGACGAUUCCAUGUUUUCUGAAGCAGAAGCAAUAAUCCCCACCAUUGAUUUGUCCCUGCUGACAGGGGGCACUCCAUAUCAACGGUCCAAAGUCAUCCAGGACCUUGCCAAUGCAUGCCUCGACUGGGGAUUCUUCAUGGUGGUAAAUCACGGUGUGCCAAAGAAGGUCAUGGAUGACAUGGUGAGUGGGUGCCUGGGAUUCUUUGAUCUGACUGAGGAAGAAAAGCAAGAGUACGCCGGAAAACAAUUGUUUGAUCCAAUAAGGUCAGGGACCAGCUUCAAUCUGACGGUGGAUGAUGCAUUCCUGUGGAGGGAUUAUCUCAAGAUACACGUUCAUCCUAAUUUCCAUGCUCCUACCAAGCCUGCCGAUUUCAGCGAAAUCUCAGAGGAAUACUGCAGAAAGGCGCGAGAAGUGGCGAGUGAAUUGCUAAAAGGGAUAUCCGAAGGGUUGGGGUUGGAGGAGAGCUACAUAGUGAAGACAAUGGAGGUGGAUAAAGGGUCACAGCUGCUGGUCGCGAAUCUGUACCCCCCCUGUCCCCAGCCUGAAGUUGUGAUGGGCCUCCCUCCUCAUUCCGAUCAUGGCCUCCUCACGCUCCUUAUCCAAAACGACGUCAGUGGCCUCCAGGUGCUCCACCGCGGCAAGUGGGUCCCUGUCAAUCCCCUCCCCAACUCUUUCCUCGUCAACACCGGAGAUCAUAUGGAGAUAUUGACCAACGGAAAGUACAAGAGUGUGGUGCACAGGGUGGUGGUAAACGAAAAAGCAACUAGGAUUUCAAUAGGAACGGCACAUGGCCCGCCACUUGAUGCUAUUGUUAGCCCCUCGCUAGAGUUAGGGCACCGUGAAGGCUAUUGCCCGACGUACCAUGCCCUCAAGUAUAGAGAGUACAUGGAACUUCAACAAAGCAGACGGCUCGAUGGCAAGUCUUGCUUGGACCGUAUUAAAGUUCACCAGUCAGAUCAUAUCCCUCAAGAUUGCUAGCUAGCCACAUAUAUAUGAAUUGGAAGUUUAUUGCUUUCAAUAUAUAUUUAAAAUAAAUAUUGUUGCACUCAAAUGAGUAGCAAAAGGCUUGGAAAGGAGAUGGUUGUAAGAUGAUGAAUUUUGAACUAAGCCUACGACCAAAUAUAAAUAAGAAAUGACACUUUUGGUUCAAA